UUGCCGUGAGGUUUCCUUGUAGACUUUUUACUCUCAAGUCCGUGGCACACAGAAAGCACUUUCUUCUAUCUUCCGCACAAAUCUUCAAGAAUGGCAAAACCUCCGCCCGCAAGUCCAGCACCUCCUGCACCACUUUCAAUUCCUCCCAAUCCUCCCAAUCACAGCCGUUCCAAUCCGCCGCAAACUCACACUCAUCCACCACUAACGGCCAACGGCGCUUCCAAGGGAAAGAAGAAGAAUGAUGCUCCUGUUGAUCCUGCUACCAUGUAUGAAAGUUUGAAGAAUCGUAUAGCAGCCUUGGAAGAGGAAGAAGAGCUAGAGGAGGAGGAGGAACGCCGAUUUGCUGAAGAAGCGCAUAAAUCAGUCAAGGGCCUGGAGGAAAACACAAUACAUGCAAAAUACAUCGAGCUCUUUGCGGAAUUCAAACGCUUGGAACGAGACCAUGCUAAGGAGAAACAGAAGCUGUCCAAGGACAAGGAUGCAGCUAAAAGUCAAUUGACGAAAGCAAACCAGACGAAGACGAAAAUGGAGAAUCUCGCACGGGAACUGCAAAAAGAUAAUAAGCGAUUACGGGAAGAUGGAAAACGGUUAGCGCAGUGUGUGGAGGAUGCUCAGGACGAGCUCCACCAAAUGAAAGCUGAUAUUGCCAAACGCACAUCCAAAGCACAACUCCUCGACAACAAAUACAGAGAAAAGCCCGAUAUCCUCGUCAAAGUUUCAUGCCGAUACCGGGCUGAACUGUUUUUCAAAAUCUCCCGCAAGACAAAGCUAUCAAAACUCUUUGGUGCUUGGACAGAGCGAAUGGAACGAACAGGUCAUGGUGUCACCGGUGUUUUGAAGAAGGUUGAUGGCGUUGCGCCUGCUUCAGGGACGAACGUAGAUCCUGGGUCCGAAGACGUCGUACCCCCGUCAUUCACUGUCCCAGCCAUGCAAUUUGUAUUUACCCAUAAUGGACGAUCAGUGGAUGCGGACAUGACACCAGAAGAGGCUGGUAUGGAGGACGGCGACGAGAUUUUAGCUGUAGAGUUAAUGGAUCUCACAGAGAGCACUGGCGGCGAUGAUCUCUACGACCAAAUCCUGGAACCUCAACGUCAAAAGCUGAAAAAGAAUUGGACAGAUGAUCCUCAUGCAGCCCAACGAUCACUGGAGGAGAUAUUUGAUGGAGUUGUUCGAGAACGAUUAAAGGAAGUCUUGCGGCAAUACGAACUUCGAGAACGACAUUUCGAGUGUGUGAUCCGGUCGAAAGAGCUCGAAGUUUUGCUUUCUCGUGCUCGAGCAGCGGAACAGAAGCAACUGGCGUCUGGAGAUAAGGCCAAAGCUGAUAAACUGGAAGAAGAGAUUCAACAGCUCCGGAAGGAUCUGGAAGAUUCCCAAAAUGGACAGACUAUGCUCAUCGACAAGCUCAUUCAAUGUUGCAAAGAGCCAAAUGCUGAACGUACUCAACGCCUCUUCGCGUCUUUGCGUGACGAACUCGAAAAGCGAGCUCCGAGCCUGAAUAGUAAUGCAAAUAAUAGCAAUAGUUCUAUCGGGGCAGUGACAGUCAACGGGAAGAAAGGGCCAGCAGACGGACAUGUGGGUAGUUGACCAAGGGUAUUAACACCAAUACAGUUGCUUACCAUGAACCUCGUCCCCCUCAAACUCACAGAAAGUGCGAGGGAAAACGCACGAAAAAGAUCGUCGGAAAGGGCUAAAGAAGUGGCUUUUCAAAGCAAUUU